CGCCGUGUGUCUGAUUGCCAUUCCAGUGGCCAUUUACCUGGCCUGCUUCAAGGCGCACUUUACCAUCCUCAGUACACGCGGCACAGGCGACUUCAAGAUGCCGUCGGCAUUCCAGGCGCGGCAGCAGAACAGCGUGGUGGCAUUGCAGCCGCACGAGGUCGCGUAUGGGUCGCAGGUCACGCUGCGGUCGCAUCUGCCUGGGUUCGGGCUGAUCCACGCGAACGAGUCGCUGCGGUUUCCCGACAAGGGCAUGCAGCAGAUAGCCGGCGGCAUGGCAGGCAAGCAGGCGUUCAACUGGUGGCAGAUCACGUCGCUCAACGGCACAUGGGAGAACUCGACGUCGCCGGUGCAGCAUGUCAAUGACGGCGAUCUGAUCCGGCUUGUGCAUGUGGGUACGGUCCAUUACCUGCGCACGGGCCGCGAGACGCCCUACUACAUGGGAUGGGACCGGCGCAUGUUCCUUGACGGCAACGCGACCAAGUCGAAUAUCUGGGACGCCUGGCGCGUCGAGAUUGUCGACGAGGAGAGCCCACUGGAGAAGUCGCAUCUGCGGACGGUGACAACGACCUUCCGGCUGUACAAUGUGAUAUCGGGGUGUCUGCUGCAGGCGACGCAGUCGCGGCUGCCGGCGUGGGGCAGGCGGAUGAGCGAGCUGAUCUGCACGCAGGCGAACACGACCAGGUCGGAGAGCACGCUGUGGAACAUCGAGCAGGUGCGGGACAGGCGGUUUGCGCGGGCGGACUUUUCGAAGCUGGUGAAGCGGCGGCUGGUGCGCGACACCAUUUGGCUGAACCGUGAGAUGUCGCUGUCGAACAAUGCGCUGAUUCCGGACCACGACCGGUACAAGACCACCGAGAGCGAGCCGUGGUCGUGGCCGCUGCUGCUGUAUCCGAUGCGGCUGGUGUCGUGGGCUAAGGACUCGAUCAAGUACUACGAGAUCGGCAAUCCUGUGCUGUGGUGGACAUCGUCAUUCACGUGUCUGUUGUUCCCGCUGCAGCUGCUGUACUGGUUUGUGCGGCGGCAGCGGCAUAUCCAGGACUGGAGCGACCCGGCCGAGUAUGCGGCGUUCUGGGACACUGGCAAGCUGCUGUGGGGCGGCUGGGCGCUGCACUACCUGCCGUUCUUCCUGAUGGGCCGUGUCACGUAUCUGCACCACUACCUGCCGGCGCUGUACUUUGCGCUGCUGCUGCUGGCGUUCGAGAUCCAGUGCUUUGCCAGGUGGUUCCUGCCCAAGCCGCUGCAUCUGGCGGCGGUGCUGGCUGGGAUCGGCGUGGCCGCGGGCGUGUUUGUGCUGUUUUCGCCCUUCACCUUUGGCUGGGACAAGCCGGCCAAGGACCUGGCGUACCUGCAAUGGCUGCCGACGUGGAAUGUGUACGAGGACAGGCACCUUCUCUAAGCACCAUUGGGAUUUUUCCUACUGCCCAGCAUUUUCAAGAGUUCUGGCUUCAUCCCCAAUCAACUUCUGUCAACGUCAAGGAAGAAAAAUGUGCGGGGGUCGCGGCAAUGAUAUCUGCUACUGCAGCCGAUACGGCAUUGCGGGUGAAAGGGCAGUUGCGUGCUGGUUUGGCGGAGUCUAACUUCUUGCGUGCCGACCGC